AUGUUCGCCCUCCUCGGCAAGGUGCUGGCCUACCUCUGGAGGCGCGCGGAUGGCGAGGAAGGAGGAGAGGAGACAUGUGCGGCGUCAGGUGAUAAAGAAUUAAAAACUGUUCAAGGAGUUGUGACAAGAUUUUGCUAUGAUUAUGGGAUGAUAGAUGACAUGAUAAUAUUCACAAAGGAUGCUGUUAAAACAGUUGUGCCCCUGACCGUUGGACAGGAAGUUACUGCCACUGUUGAAGAGGAUAAAACAUCAGGUGGCUUGAAGGCUAUCAGGGUAGAUGCUGCCCAAAAUACCUGGGGAGACUCCAGUGAUGAUGCUCCUGAACAAAAUAUGAAAACAUUAAUUGGAAAUAUUACCUCUGUCUCUAAGAAUGGUGGCUAUAUUAAUUGCAAUACAUUUUUUGCAAUGGAAGAUGUCUGUGAAGGCUUCGAACCUUAUGAAGGUGACUGUGUGCAAGCAAAAUAUUUUAUUAACCCAACAACUUGGAACAGUGAAGCAGUUGCUGUAAAGCCUUUGAGAUAUAAGCAAGUAAACAAGGCUCGCAUUUCCAGCAUCUGUGGAAGAAGUGGUGCAGUAAAUGAGAGUAUAUUUUUUACUUUGGAUUCAUUGAGACUUCCUGAUGGCUAUUCACCGUGUGAAGAUGAUCUAGUGAACGCAGUUGUGGUGGAGAGCACUCAGUCGUGUUACGUUUGGAGAGCUCUCUGCUUGGUGCCAGUCAGCCAAGAUGGACAAUUUCACUCUAAUGGAGUCAGUAUGGAUGAGCCUUAUGAAGACUUAAUGAGAGACAAAGGAGGGUUAGAAGUGUCAAGAAUGACUAAUUUUGGAACUCUGAAGCAGGGGGAGUAUAAAAGAAUGAACAUUUGGAUAGAGAAUAAAGGGUGUGCACCACAGUCCUUAAUCAGCUGCAGAUUAGCUGGAUGGAUGAAAGACAAGCAAUUCAGUUUUCAGAUGCCUCAAAAAUGCCAGACCAGUGCAGAAGCAUAUCUGUCAUCUUUUCCAAUAAAUAAAGAAAACCUCUCGAAAGCUGCAGUUAAUUCAUAUAACAGUGGAGGAACAACAUAUGAGUCAUUGCAUAAUACAUCCAUUAUGAAGAAUGGAGUCAUUCCAGAAGGAAUUAAUUCUCAGGAUACAAAUCUGUCAGGGACAGAAAAAACCUUUUCCCUGGUGGAAGAUGAAAAUCUACAUAAUGGAGAAAAGGAGCAAAGAGAAGAUGUGGAACAGCCAGUAAGACAUGUCAAUGGUACUGGAGAAAUUGUCAUACCACCAGGUGGAAAAACAUUCAUAGUGGUCAUAUGCACAGCUGCAAAUCCUGGGUACAGUAGAGAACUCCUGUUGCUUGUUUUUUCUGAUUUUACUGUGGGACGUUAUAUUGAAGCCACUGUAACAAGUGAAGAAGAAUUACUACUAGCACCCGUGGAACCAUUUUCUCCAAGAAAGCCUAAAAUUAAUCCAGAACCUCAGCCAAGGAUGACAACAGUGGUUGUCCCUAAAUACAGAAGAAGUCACAGAAAGCAUUUGCCAAGCUUUCUACCACAUUAUCCUGUACCAGAUGAUUUAAGAAGAUGCGUGGAGCAGAAGUUAGACAUACUGGCUUUUCAGCCUCUCUUAGCAGAGCAUCUUAAUAUAGAUAAUUAUAAAGCAAAGUUUUCUACUCUGUUGUGGCUUGAAGAGAUCUAUGAAGAAAUGGAGAUAAAAGACUUUAACAUGAGUGGGGUUACUUUGAAGAGGAGCGGGGACUUUUUAGUGUUGGAAGUGCCAGGAGUGGAAGAGGGCAGACCUCACCUCACUGCAGGUAAUAAGGUGAUACUGAGAAGUCAGGUAUACUCUGAACAUAUAAUAGAGUACGUUGCCUAUAUUACUGAGAUAUGUAAUGAAGAUGUUACUCUUAAAUUUAAUGCAGAUUUUGAACAGUCUUACAACUCUGAACCUAUGGAUGUGGAAUUUGUGCAUUGCAGGGUUACUAGCAGGCGAUGCCAGUUGGCAGUUGAGCAAGCUAUCUACCUGAGUGAAAAAGUGUUAUUUCCAGGAAGACUUGUCUUGCAAUCACCACAAGCUGUCAAGACCCAGAAUACUGCUAAGUAUUGUGUUAUUGAUGGCCUUGAACAAUGUUCCCAGCAGGAAAGUAAGGUCAAAAAACUGCAGAACAAACAAGCAAAAUGCGUGGCAUCAAGGGACAUGAACACAACAGAUGUGAUGAGAGUAGCUGCGCAAACAAGCCAACUUGUUGCUGAAACUGGGACACUUAAACAGGGAGCUGGUGAAUUUUUCAAUCCUGUGCUGAAUGAGCAACAGAAACUGGCAGUGAAAAGGAUACUGAGUGGUGAAUGCCGUCCAACACCCUAUGUUCUUUUUGGACCACCAGGAACUGGAAAAACAGUAACAGUAAUUGAAGCUAUUUUACAGAUACAUUAUACUCUCCCAGACAGUCGAAUUUUGGUUUGUGCACCAUCAAAUGCUGCAACAGAUCUGAUUUGCUUGCGGCUGCAUCAAAGCAAUCUGUUAAAACCAGGAACUAUGGUCAGAGUUAAUGCUAGCUUCAGGUCAGAAGAGCAAAUUAAUGACCUGGUGAAACCUUACUGCAAGGAUGGUGAUGACAUUCAGAAGGCAUUAUGGUUCAGGAUAAUAAUUACCACAUGCAGCAGUGCAGGAAUGUUUUAUCAAGCAGAAAUACGGCUUGGACACUUCACUCAUGUGAUUCUGGAUGAGGCCGGACAAGCAACUGAACCAGAGAGCUUGAUUCCUAUUGGGCUGAUAUCAGAAGCUAAUGGACAGAUAGUUCUUGUUGGAGAUCCAAAGCAGUUAGGGCCAGUAAUAAAAUCUAAAAUUGCACUGACAUUUGGAUUAAACGUGUCCUUUCUGGAAAGGCUGACAUCAAGGGAGAUAUACCUGAGGGAUAAGGAUGCUUUUGCUGCCUGUGGAGCAUAUAAUCCUUUGUUGAUCACAAAACUUACAAAGAAUUACAGGUCACAUCCUGCGUUGCUUGCCUUGCCAUCUAAAUUGUUUUAUCAUAAGGAGCUAGAAGUUUGUGCAGACACUUCAGUAGUAAAUUCUUUGUUGCAUUGGAGGAAACUGCCCAAGAAGGGAUUUCCACUAAUUUUUCAUGGAAUAAGGGGCAGUGAAACACGUGAAAGUCGCAGUCCUUCAUGGUUUAAUCCAGCUGAAGCAGUUCAAGUAAUGCAGUACUGUUCUGACCUUGCUAGAAGUGAGAACACUGCAGUGCCAGUGACUGACAUUGGAGUGAUUACACUGUAUCGUAAACAGGUGGAAAAAAUUAGAUUACUUCUGAGAAGUAUCGAUUUGGCAGGCAUUAAAGUUGGCUCAGUAGAAGAGUUUCAAGGGCAGGAGUACCCGGCUGUCAUCUUAUCAACAGUGCGAUCUUGUGAAGGCUUGUUUGGUGAUGAUAAAUACUGUUUGGGCUUUCUCUUUAACCCAAAGAGAUUUAAUGUAGCAGUUACUAGAGCAAAAGCUUUGCUCAUCGUCAUUGGAAAUCCUCAUCUUCUUGCAAAAGAUCCCUGUUUUUGUGCACUGUUAGAAUACAGUUUAAUGAAUGGAGUUUAUGUUGGUUGUGACCUGCCUCCAGAGCUGGAAUGCCUGCAGAAGUGUGAUUAGUUUUCCAGUGUUCAAGAUGCAUUCAGCCCUCAUGUGUUUUGAAACUAAGAAUAUUUAACAGCAAUUUGAUCCUGAGGAAAACCAGCAUCCUUUGCCCUCAGGGAAGGGCACGUGUUCUGAAACAGUUGGAUGUUUCUCCAAACAAGAUCUUAGUACUUUAAGAAGUGAAAAAGUUGAGAUUUAGCAAUAUAAAAUAGUAGUGGCAGCUUACUUGCUUUUCUGUUUAGAAUGUGUGUGACUUUAUGCCUCUGCGUAGAAGAGUAUGCCUGAACCUAUAACAGUAUGCCUGAAUCCUCCAAGCUUCAGGACAAAAAUGUUGAUAAAACACUUAAGUUAGCUUUUUCCUGUUCUGUAAUCUUCUCAGCUUCUUGAUUUUCUCAGAAUUCUGUCGUGCCUCCUAAAACUGGACAAUCCCAAGAAUGUACUUGUGUCUUGUAAUUUCGUUAUGGGAGUGUUACAGUAAUAAAUGCACAACAUGAGCUGGAAUAAUACAUAAAUAUCUCCAUUUGACUAAUAUUGAGUGUCUUAAGCCAAGUAUGCUUAAAAAAAAAAAGUGCUUCCAGUUUUUAAGGCCCUUAUACAUACAGCUGAGAUCACACAGGAUUUUCUUGGGUUUUCUCUGCAUUCCAGCUAUCCACUGUGGUGUGUCAGAACAAUGCUUCUCUCUCCUGAGAGAACAGUGAAGAGAUCAUAAUGGAGACUGAUGAUGCUUACUUUAUUGCAAGACAUACACAGAACUUCUGAUUAUCAUUUCCACAGCAAGUAGCAGAGGAGUGAUUAUAUUGUGAUACUUAAUAUGUGUAGUUACAAGUUAAUAAUCUUUGAAUUGUUAUAGUUUGUAUGCUGAUACCAGUUUCUACAAAGAUAAAAACCUGCUUAUUUUUGAA